AAUAAGUUACAUGCGACAUUGAGUCCAGAAGGGUGCGACAUUCAGAUUCGACAGGUGUGUGAUUCAUCGAGAAAACACUGUCCUAAAAUAAUAAACAAACAUACCCGGCUAAGGUUUCCACAGAAGUACCUCCCACCCUUCAAAAAGUCGAGUUACAAUUCUGGCUAACCGGGUUUCAUUAGUUACUUUUUGAACUUCAUCAUCCUUCGAACCGUGUCCGAUCACUGAACGGUUUUAACCGAGUUUUUAAUCUUUAAUCGUAUCCCUUGAUAGUUGGAAUCCAUCGUUUUAUCGGCUAACACAUUCCAAUUCUUAGACGACCGCCAACCCUCAUAGCCUUCAUUUUGUUGCAUUUGUUAUGAAUACUCAUUCUCCGCUAACCAGUGUAAAUAAUGACUUUCGGAUACUAAGCGUUAACUUCAACCAGGACCAAGGUUGCUUUGCAUACAGUCACGAACAAGGGUUCCUUGUGUAUAACACAAACCCUAUCGACCUUCGGGUCAAACGAACCUUCUUCCCCACUCAAACCCAUCCGGGAACUGGCAUUGGCCAUGUCACCAUGCUUCACAGAACCAAUUAUUUGGCAUUAGUAGGGGGAGGUAAAAACCCCAGACUACCUAACAAUAAAUUGAUUAUAUGGGACGAUUUAAAGCGGAAAAGCAGUCUUCUGCUUGAGUUUAUGAGUCCCAUUUUGAAUGUGUUGUUGUCGAGAAUACGGAUUGUUGUGGUGUUGAAAAACCAAGUACUUGUAUACGGCUUCUCCUCAACCCCUAAAAAAUUUGCAUCCUAUGAAACCAUUUCCAAUGAUUAUGGGCUUGCUGACUUAUCGGUGAACUUUUCAAAAUCACCUUCUUCCACCCGGUACCAAACUCUAGCAUUUCCAGGUAGACAGGUGGGACAAUUGCAGAUUGUGGACGUGUCCCCCAGCGGCCAGGAGAAAAACCUCAUCAGCAUCAUUAAAGCACAUAAAUCAAGCAUCAGGUGUUUAGCAUUGAGUCGGUCGGGUUCCAUGGUGGCAUCGGCUUCAGAGCUAGGGACUAUCAUCCGGAUUCAUUCCACCCAAAAUACUGCACAAUUAUACGAAUUUCGAAGAGGUUUGGACAGAGCCGUCAUCAGCUCCAUGAAGUUUUCGCCUGAUGACACCAAGUUGGCGGUCUUGUCCGAUAAGAACACACUCCAUGUGUUUAAUCUUUUACAAAACACUGUCGUUUCUGAUUCUCAGAGUGAGCAUUCAAGUCAGAACUCUGUCACUACUGACCAUAACUCACCAGUAAACAGAAAACACAUCUUCAACAAGUUGCCGGUGCCUUUGCCCUUCAACAAAUACUUCAAGUCGGUGUGGUCGUUCUGUUCGGUCAACACCAGUAAGUAUCACCAGGAAUACGAUUCUGAAUAUGCCAAUGAUGAAGGAUCUAUUGGGUGGUCAGGAAAUGAUAGCAUUGUAAUAAUUUGGAAAUUGAAACGGACAUGGGAAAAGUAUAUCAUUGCCGAAAAUACCGGGGCCAAGGCCACCGACCAUCAGUGGGAAUUGGUUAGAGCCAGCUGGAAAGAGCUUGAUAAUCCAAAUGACUAGGUUUGUAUUUACAUGGUUAAGAAUACAUAAUUACAUAUUGCUCCUAAUAGAGUAUCUCACAAAGGAUCGGUUCGUGCAGCUGUAUUACUUUACGCUUAUCUUGAAUACGGCCCUGCCAUUUGGUACCGUUGUAAGAUCUGACGAAUCGCCUAGCAUUUUCGUGAUUGGCAAACUUGAUGAGCGUACGGUUGACCAGCGAGAACCCGUCUCUGACCACUUCUAUAAAGCAAUUGUCAAGCGGUAUAUCUGAAGGAAACUCAUAGUUCCAAAGAAGUCUAGGAAGUGCGUGUUUUGAAAGUCCAAUUGGUAAGUUCCUAACAAGGACCAUAUUCAAGCGGCUGUUGAAAUCAAUAAGCUGCGAAAUAUUAGCAAAGUUGUUAGAUGGGUUCUGCAAAAUCAGCGUUAUUAGUUGCAUUUUCUCUGGUGAUUUGGCAAACACUUCUUCGACCGCCGCUUUGGGUUCAGGAAUGCCAGAAUUUGAGGUGCUGGCUUUGCCAAAGAGUGGAGAUGUUAUAUGGGACAAGAGCCGUUUAGAAGGCUCUACAAAUUUUAAGUUCAUGGGAAGUCCAUUUAGGGUCUUAUUGCGGGUCUCCAUCCAGUAGGCAGCUGCAAGGUCAUGGCUGGGGAACACCAAUACGUACUGAUUGUAAAACGAUAAGGUGAUGGGGUUUCUGGCCUUAACUGCCCAGAAAUCAAUGCCUUUAGCAUCUGGAGGGAGUUGGUAUUGAGCAUCUCUUUGGACCGGGUAGGCAUUGUAAAAGUCUGUAUUCACAAGCAAAGAGUUCGGAUUGUUCCAGAUGAGGAUGUUGGACUUGAUUUUGGUGAUUUGAAGGUCGGGUAAGUCUAGUGGUGCUUGUUCCAACUGUUUGAGUUUCCAUUGAUUGGCCACAAGGUCGUCAAGAGAGGAGCCUGACAGGGGCGGAUUUCGAUAAAGAAAGUUUGUCACAUGUGGAACCUUGAGCUUGGCUUGCUGCAACGUCUUGUGGUAAAGAUUGUUGAUGAGCUUCUCUGCUGCUACUUGAUUGAACUUAGAAGACAUGAAG